GGCUGCACUGCGGCCGGCCAGUUCUGGGUCAUAUGACGUCCUCCCAGAAUGCGCUCUCCUGCGCACCACCCGGCAAUCUCCGUAAUCGCUACGUACACAGCUUGGUGGUGACACUGCUGGGUGGCACAGGUGGGUGCAUUGCUGGGCACAGGUGGGUGCACUGCUGGGCACAGGUGGGCGGAACUUGUGUGUGGCACUGCUGGGCACCGAUCAUCAGGGCACUGAUGAUCAGUGACCCUGAUGAUCAAUGCCGAUCCCUCUGACAACUGUCGGUUUUUGGCAGUACUUUCCUCACGAUCUGACAGCGUGAGGAAAGUGCAGCCGAGAACUGGCAUUUGCAU